AUGUCCGACAAGUUAUUCAGGAAGUCCGCGCGCUGCACGAUAUUAACAAAGUGCGGCUGCAUAAUGCAUGGCGUGCGGCAACAUGACGCUCGUCAUGCGGCAAAAACUAUUGCCGGGGAUAUUGGCUUCAUGAGCAACGGCGCUUUAAGCGCAUGCGCAGCGCAAGGCGGCAUGGACAAGGAUGGCAAGAAAAAGCACACGAGGCCCACGUUCUCUGGACAGCAGAUUUUCGCGCUGGAGAAGACAUUUGAACAGACAAAGUACCUAGCUGGACCGGAGAGAGCGAAACUUGCGUACGCUCUUGGCAUGACGGAGAGUCAAGUUAAGGUCAGUACAAGUCAUUCAACAUUACCAAAAAAUUGA